GAAACAAAGAAAAAAACGAGUAUUAACGAAUAGCUUUCAGUUUAGCUGAUGCUAACGAAAAAAAAUGCAAGUCAGAUAUCCGGAUGCAGAUUAUUAUCAGUCGUCACUAUUGUGUCUCUCAGUUUAUUUGAUCGAAUUUUAAUUAACUGGACGAUAUCAUCCAGUCAUGAAAAAUAAUAGAGAGACUGUUCAUACACAUGACUACAAGAAUAUCGAAAUAAAAUAUCUCUAUUAUCACUGUAUUAACGAAGAAAGAUGAUUGAUCGUUUCUCUCUCUUUCUCUCUCUCUCUCUCUCUCUCUCUCUCUCUCUCUCUCUCUCUUUGUAUCAUAAGUGGAUGAUCGCACAGAUCAUCGAACGGAAAUAUCUUGAAACAUCCAUAGUUUCCAACGACUUUCAUUGGAAAUGUUAUUAAUUGUUCUACGAAUUAAAUUACGCAGCUUUUUCUUUAACUGCAUAUGGGUUCGCGAUUCGCGUGUCGCACAAUCUCGUCCGAGUGCCAAAUAAUUAGUAAUAUAGAUAAGUAUCAUGUGUACAAUGAUUUUCUCUUCUUCAUUAAUGAGAAAGAUCAUCAUUAUUAUUAGAUUCACUUUCGAAUCGAAACUGUAAAGACACCGAACGAUGCAAUGAGAGGGCGAGAUAUACUAUAUGUAUUUAGAUAUAUUUAUUCGUUGGAAAUGACGUUGCCAUCGAUGCAGAGAAGCUUGUUGGGCUUAACAGUGCUGACGAUCGUCGGCCUAAUGACUUUCCUGCUCAGCAAGAAGCUCGCACUGGAGACGCGCAAGCGAGAUGGCCUGCUCCUCGACGUGAUCGCUAACAUUAGCGGUCACUUGGAUCGACUUGAUAGCGGCUUUGAUGGCAUCGCCGCGCAGACGGGAAUUGCGCGGAAUCGCUUGCUACGACUGGUUGCGCUCCAUCGAGAAAAUCUUUUGGUAUGUGCGUUACUCGGCGAGAAAUGGAGACAAAAGCAAAUGCUCAGCAUCGGAAAACCGAUGACGAUGAUGGCGAAGAAGAGAAAACGACGCCGACGGUUCAUCGUAUCGCAUUAUCAUCGAUAAUCGAUAUCCAAGAGGUUUUUAUCAGACGUGUAAAAAAAUGAGAGAUGUAAUUAGAUGUACGUACGUACAUCUAAUUGUAUCGCCAAAUUACCUAUGUUAUUUAAUCUACUCAAUGAUUAGGAAUGAUUUUUUUUUUUCUAUUAUUUGCUCUACCGAUACUUUAAUUGUCAAU